GACCGUACAAUCUGUGCUGCACGCCGGGAAAGGGCGAUUUCUCUCUCCGUUGAUCCUUAUUUUCUCCAGCCGUAGUGGGAGGAAGACAGCUACAUUCCCCCCUGCUUUUCGCCCUUUAUUCUUCGUACUUUCCUCCUUUUUUGGGUCAUUUUUGAUAUUUUUUUCCUUGUUUUGUUAUUCCCCACACCGUCCGCAAUAAUUGCCUCGCUACGCCUCGCAGCUGGUGCGUUGGAGAAGCCGGCACCAGCCGCCGCGAUGCCGCUCAACGCGAGCUUCCCCAGCAAGAAUUACGAUUACGACUACGACUCGGUGCAGCCCUACUUCUACUUCGAGGAGGAGGAGGAGAACUUCUACCUGGCGGCGCAGCAGCGGGGCAGCGAGCUGCAGCCGCCCGCCCCGUCCGAGGACAUCUGGAAGAAGUUUGAGCUGCUGCCCACGCCGCCGCUGUCGCCCAGCCGCCGCUCCAGCCUGGCCGCCUCCUGCUUCCCCUCCACGGCCGACCAGCUGGAGAUGGUCACAGAGCUCCUGGGCGGCGACAUGGUGAACCAGAGCUUCAUCUGCGACCCGGACGACGAAUCCUUCGUCAAGUCCAUCAUCAUCCAGGACUGCAUGUGGAGCGGCUUCUCCGCCGCCGCCAAGCUGGAGAAGGUCGUGUCCGAGAAACUCGCGUCCUACCAGGCGGCCCGCCGCGAGGGGGGCCCCGGUGUCCGGGCCGGCCCGCCGCCCCCGCCGCCUCCGCCUGGCCUCGCCGCCUCGCCCGUCGCCUCCGCCGGCCUCUACCUGCACGAGCUGGGCGCCGCCGCCGCCGACUGCAUCGACCCCUCCGUGGUCUUCCCCUACCCACUCAGCGAGCGGGCGCCCAAGGGUGGCGCGCCCGGCGCCAGCCCCGCGUCCCUGCUGGGCGACGACACGCCGCCCAGCACCAGCAGCGACUCGGAAGAAGAACAAGAGGAAGACGAAGAAAUUGAUGUUGUCACCUUAGCUGAAGCGAAUGAAUCUGAAUCCAGCACAGAAUCCAGCACAGAAACAUCAGAAGAGCACAGUAAGCCCCACCACAGCCCACUAGUCCUCAAACGGUGUCAUGUCAACAUCCAUCAGCACAACUAUGCUGCUCCUCCCACCACCAAGAUUGACUAUCCAGCUGCGAAAAGGCUAAAGUUGGACAGUGGCAGAAUUCUCAAGCAGAUCAGCAAUAACCGCAAGUGCUCGAGUCCCCGCACGUCAGACUCGGAGGAGAACGACAAGAGGCGAACGCACAACGUCUUGGAGCGCCAGAGGAGGAACGAGCUGAAGCUGAGUUUCUUCGCCUUGCGUGAUCAGAUACCGGAGGUAGCCAACAACGAAAAGGCACCAAAAGUCGUCAUCCUGAAAAAAGCCACAGAAUAUGUUCUUUCUAUCCAGUCAGAUGAACACAGACUGAUUGCAGAGAAAGAGCAGUUAAGGAGGCGGAGGGAACAGUUGAAACACAAACUCGAGCAGCUAAGGAACUCUUGUGCAUAGGAACUCUUGGGCAUCAUUUAGAAUAACCCAAACUAGACUGAAACCAUGAUAAAAUAUUAAUGUUUCUAAUAUCACUCAUGAACUACACCCAGUCCAUAAAGGAUGGUACAAUUGCAACUGCAUGCUGUGCGAUUUUUAACUUGAGACUACACAACCUUGGCUAGACCUCUGAACGGCUUAGCCAGAACCUCAAAACUGCCUCAUAAUUGAUACUUUGGGCAUAAGGGAUGAUGGGACAUUCUUCAUGCUUGGGGAUGAACUGUUAAACUUUUUUUCUUUUGAAAAUUUUGUAUUUAAGGCAUUUUUUCCUAUGAGAAUUCCAAAAAGUUGUCCCCAGAACGCUGUAUAUAUUUACACAUCUUAUUGCCAUGUAAAUACCUUUAAUAAAAUCUUUAUAGAAAAUGUGCAACAUUAAUACACAACAGUUGUGGCAACUGGAUUUAUACUUGUCUUGAACUUCUGUGCCAUA